CCCGACAGCGGGCAUUGGGUGACCAGGCAUGACAGCGGGCACUGGGUCAUCAGGCAUGGGAUUGUCUGGCUCGACAGCGGGCAUCGGGUCACCAGGUAUGACAGCAGGCACUGGGUCACCAGGCAUCAGGUCAUUUGGCUCGCCAGUGGGCACACCGCGUCAUCUGGCAAGGCAGUGGGCACUGAGUCACCAGGCACGACAGUGGGCUCCGAGUCAACUGGCAUGACCGCGGGCACUGGGUCAGACAUUGGAUCGUCUGGCCCGACAGCGGGCAUCGGGUCACCAGGCAUGACAGCGGGCACUGGGUCAUCAGGCAUUGGAUCGUCUGGCUCGUCAGCGGGCAUCGGGUCACCAGGCAUGACAGCGGGUACUGGGUCAUCAGGUACCAGAUCGUCUGGAUCGACAGCGGGCAUCGAGUCAACUGGCCUAAUGGAAUCAUCAGGCUGGAUCAGCUGGGUGGAGGCAUCAGGCUGAAUUGUGGGCGCCGAGGCACCAGGCUGCACCACGGAAGGCAGGUUCUCAGAUGGGAGGUUGACCGGAUAGGUGCAGCGAGUGGGAACAGGGUACUGACAUGCGGUAGAUAGC